CUCAUCAUAUAAGGCUCGGUUCUGGAGGGAGGUGUCAGUUGGAAAGUGGGAGCUCUCGUGCAAAGAACGAGAAAGAAACGGAACGUCUUGUUCUGACCGAUCGACAUGAAACCGAAGCUGCGCUCUCUGCUUCUGAUCGCGCUCGUCUUUUCCGCGGACACGUUCUCGUCAGGAAAAGAGAAGCCGGAUGAUACAUCGCCGUGUAUCGAUGAUAGCAGGUUUUAUCGAAAUCCAAACGCACCAGCGCAUAAUGUUUGGUCGCCGAUCGAAUGUGCCAAGUAUUAUCUCUGCUUAGAUAACGAAGUGUUUGAAUUCAAAUGCUCUCAAGGAUUACUAUUCGAUGUUUCCAGACAAGUGUGCGAUUUCAAAGCGAACGUCAACAACUGUGAUGUAACGUCAGAGAUGCAACCACCAAGACCGCUUCUAGAGAACGGUGACUGUAAUGAGAAGCAUUUGGCUUGCGGGGAUGGUACGUGCUUCCCGGCUACAUACUUUUGCGACGGGAGCGUUGACUGUCCCGAUGGUUCAGACGAAGGCUGGUGUGAUAUUCAAAAUGAUCCAAACGGUGCACUACCUUGUAAUCCUAAAGAAUGCCACUCACCGAAUUGCUGGUGCUCCAAAGAUGGAACGCAAAUUCCUGGUAACUUCACGGUUUCUAUGAUACCACAGAUGAUAACGAUUACUUUUGACGAUGCUGUAAACGCCGAGAAUAUCGAGCUUUUCUCCAACAUUUUUUCAAACGAUAGAAAAAAUCCGAAUGGAUGUUCUAUUCGAGGAACUUUCUAUGUCAGUCAUCAGUACACUAACUAUCGAGACGUGCAGUAUUUGUGGAAUAUUGGACACGAAAUAGCCACUCAUUCCGUCACGCAUCGAGGACCCGAGGAAUGGUGGUCCAAAAAUGCUACUAUCGAGGAUUGGUUCGACGAAAUGGUUGGCGUGGCGAAUAUUAUUAACAAAUAUGCUGCGGUUCAUUUGGAAGAUAUCAAAGGUCUCAGAGCGCCUUUUUUACGCGUUGGUUGGAAUCGACAAUUCCUAAUGAUGUCAGAGUUUGGUUUUAUUUAUGACUCAUCUAUGAUAGCUCCAUUUUCCAAUCUACCUAUAUGGCCCUACACUCUGGAUUAUAGAAUACCGCACGAUUGCGUAGGUCCUGAUCAACUUUGUCCAACUCGUGCGUAUCCAGGUCUUUGGGAACUUCCGCUAAAUCAAUUUUUGGCAGGUGAAUACACUUGUACGAGAAUGGAUUCAUGUCCUUCAAAUUUAUCGGGCGAGGAUGUAUACAAGUUAUUGAUGCUGAACUUUAAAAGACAUUAUCUUAAUAAUCGUGCACCUUUGGGCUUACAUCUUUACGCAUCUUGGUUUCAGAAUCCAUCGUAUUUCUACGCAUUUAACAAAUUCAUGGACGAUAUACUCCGGUUGAACGAUGUUUACUUUGUGACGAAUUAUCAGGUGAUCGAAUGGAUGCGUAAACCAACAUCUUUAAAUACUAUCGAAACGUUCAGACCUUGGCAAUGUGUCUCACGUAAAUUCCAACCGUUUGAGAUCGCUUGCGACUUGCCGAGUAGUUGCAAAUUACCGAGCAGAGUGCUUAAAUCGUAUCGUUACUUGCACACGUGUUUUGAAUGUCCUAAAGAAUAUCCUUGGUUGAGAAACGAAUUCGGAAUGGAAUAA